AUGGACACACAAUUAUUCACCAUAUAUUGGUAUAACAGCUUAUUGGCUUACAAAAGACUUUAUAAUGCAUCAAAAUGGAAUAUUUCAGAUAAAUUAUCUGUUGCUGCAACAGAUAAUGCAAGUUCAAUAAUAAAAGCAAUAAGAGUACAAGUUAAAAAUAUUCAAGCUAAAUUAGCAAAUAAUCAAGAAGAAGCAAAUAUUUUAGAACCUGUUUCUAGUGACAUUUCAACUCAUUGGAAUUCUACAUAUUUUAUUCUUAAAAGACUUCUAGAACUUAGAAAUGCAAUUGAGAAAUUGUUAAAAUAUCAAGUAUCUAUAAAAAGUUCAUGUAUAGAGUGUUUUUCAAUUUUGGAAUUUG